AAGUCAUGAAAUUUUGAAAAUCAAGGGCAAAGUGGGGGAUGAAAGUUGAAUUUGAUUUGAUUUUUCGUGCAACGCUCGCAAAACGCAAACUUAAAAACGAAGGCUUUUGCUUUUGCUGUGUUUGUGAGAGGCAUCCAUGGAGGUAGAGGAUGAUGACUGGGACUUGACCGCAGAAGAACUCGAUUCUCUUGAACGCGACGCUUUCCAGAAAAUUGCUCAACUUCGCGACUCUUCUACCCCUCCUUCUUCUCAACAAUUCAAUCUGCACCAACACCAACAACACCAUUUUCCAAAACCACCUUCUGCCAACCAUUCCCAACCCUUCCCACCAAACCCCAUUUCGGAUUCCCGUCCUCAAAGGGUGGACGCUUUGCCUCAAGGAGGUAAAGCAUUACCCCCCUCAUUGAAACCAGGGACAAAAAAGGAUGAACCUUCUAAAGAACUGCCGAAGUUUUCCGUCAAAUUUUUUCUUCAUUCCAGUGGGCAUGUUGCAGCGAAAUUCCAAUAUGACCAGGUUUCACAUGCUAACUUCAUCAAGUUAUGGAUGUUCCCACUUUCUUCCUUGUCAGAAGCAGAGAAGGUUCUAGGAGAAAUAUCUAAUUAUAAAGUUCAGGUGGAGAAUUUAGAUCCUUUAGUGCACCGUGCCAUUGUUUCUGCAUCCGCUGUUCCAGAUCUUCGAGAUCGUUACGACAAGAUCCCUAGUUACAUUGAAUCAAAGCUUUUACCAUUUCAGAGAGAAGGUGUAAGGUUUAUUUUACAACAUGGAGGGCGUGCUCUUUUGGCAGAUGAAAUGGGACUAGGAAAAACUUUGCAGGCCAUUGCUGUAGCUUCAUGCAUUCAGGAGUCAUGGCCUGUUCUCAUAAUUGCACCAUCAUCAUUGCGCCUGCAAUGGGCUUCUAUGAUUCAACAAUGGCUGAAUCUUCCUUCUUCAGAUAUACUUAUCGUCUUACCUCAAAGUGGUGGAUCAAACAGAGGAGGCUUCAAUAUAGUAUCCCCAAGUGCCAAAAGUAACAUUCGUUUGGAUGGACUCUUCAACAUUAUCUCAUAUGAUUUGGUGCCAAAGCUACAGAAUAUGCUCACAACAUUGGACUUUAAGGUUGUAAUUGCAGAUGAAUCACACUAUCUGAAGAAUGCUCAGGCAAAGAGGACUACUGCAACUCUUCCUGUUAUAAAGAAAGCUCAAUACGCAAUAUUGCUUAGUGGAACUCCUGCUUUAUCUCGACCAAUAGAACUGUUCAAGCAGCUGGAAGCUUUGUAUCCUGGCGUAUAUAAGAAUGUUCAUGAAUAUGGUAACCGAUAUUGCAAGGGUGGAGUUUUUGGAGUUUAUCAAGGGGCAAGUAAUCAUGAAGAAUUACACAAUUUGAUGAAGGCAACAGUGAUGAUACGAAGGCUUAAAAAAGAUGUUCUUUCUCAACUUCCUGUAAAGCGUAGGCAACAAGUCUUCUUAGACUUAGCUGACAAGGACAUGAAGCAAAUUAACGCUUUAUUCCGUGAGUUGGAGGUGGUAAAAGCCAAAAUUAAGUCUGCCAAAUCAAAAGAUGAGGCUGAAUCUCUUAAGUUUACUCAAAAAAAUCUGAUUAACAAGGUUUGCAUGGAAGAAUUUUUACUGCAACAUUUUGUCAGGCCUUGGCCUAUAUGUGAUGCUGUUCUUGAAUAUCUUGGAACUGUCAUUGAGGCAGGUUGCAAGUUUCUUAUAUUUGCACAUCAUCAGCCAAUGAUAGAUGCGAUACAUGAGUUCCUUCUUAGGAAAAGAGUGGGUUGCAUCCGGAUUGAUGGAGGUACACCCGCUGCAUCAAGGCAACAAUUGGUUACAGAUUUCCAGGAAAAGGAUUCUAUCAAGGCAGCUGUGUUAUCCAUUAAAGCUGGAGGAGUUGGAUUAACUUUAACUGCUGCAAGCACAGUUAUCUUUGCAGAACUAUCCUGGACUCCAGGUGACCUAAUUCAGGCCGAAGAUCGUGCUCAUAGAAUUGGCCAGGUUUCUUCAGUAAAUAUAUACUACUUGCUGGCAAAUGAUACGGUUGAUGACAUCAUAUGGGAUGUGGUGCAAGUCAAACUGGAUAAUUUGGGGCAGAUGUUAGAUGGCCAUGAGAAUACCUUAGCUGUCUCAAAUAAUCAACCAUUGAGUAGCCCAUCAAAGCAUACUACUAUUGAGCAUAGCCCUUCAAAGCAGAGAACUCUUGACCAGUUUGUCAGAAGAUGUGAUAACGUGGAUAGAUCAGAACAUCAGCCUGACCCAAAACGGCCGCGUCAGUCAUGACAUGCGAGAUUCGCAAAAUGGAUUUCCAUUUUCGCAAAUAUGUGGCCAGUGGCAAGUGAAUCAGAACUUAAAUGUUGAUGUCUACAUGCAGAAGUUUCCCUGUAGUAUUAACCACAUGUGCUUACAUGGGGAAUUACACCUUUGAUGACACAAAUGCCUUUUGAAGCUGAAAUUCAUUGUACAACAAAUAAUAGAUUUUGAGUAGAACUGACUACACUAAACUAUGUUGCUUAUGCUGGAGAUAAUGGUUUGGUUAUGUGAAAUAUGUAUUGGAAGAAAAUGUUGGUAAAGUCACCCAUUAGAUUUUAGGUUUACACUUGUUCUUAACUUUUUGCUCCCCUAUGUUUCGUUUUAGUUUGGAGCUCUGUAAAGUGUAGUACAUUAUCAUAUAUGAAUGAGACUUGUAAAUUUCUUUACUCCA